AACAACAAACUACAACAAAAGAAAGCCCAAAAUCACCUAGCAUCUCACUACCAGAAGGCACCAUAGUUAUCAUCCAAGCUAGGGAAAACAAAAACACCUCCAACGAAACCUACUGAGCAUUUCCACCACCAUCGCUAACCCCUCCUUCGCUAUUCACCACCAUCACUAACCCCUCCUUCGCUAUUCACCGUUGCGCGCCGGUGAUAGCGCGCGGCUUCUUGUACCGCCUUUCUCGUCCGGCGACGGCGCACGGUUUCCGGCGACGGUGACUGUAUUUUUAGGCGUCAACUACGGCAGUUUCUGUUCAACUAUUGUCACUCUGUUUUUCAAUCUCAGAUGGUAGGGUUUAUCCGGGAAUCUUUGAAGCAGGAGGAAGAGAGUGUUGCCAAUCAACAGAAGCUUAAAACUACGCAUUGCCCAGAGAGUUUCAGGUUUGAUUUUGAGGGUUAUUCAUCUGAAUUUGGCGGGUAUUCUCUCACAUCUGUUGAGCCUUUUCUUGAUUUUGAUUCUAUUAAGGAUUGGAUAGAAGAAAUGCAAGGCCCUGAUAGUGGUGCAGAGUGUAAAGCUGAAAUGGGAAGUGGAAAUAAUGUAGGAGGUAAUCUGGAGAACGAAAUUGGUAAUAAUUUGGUUGAUCCUGUUCAAGGAUUGGAUGCUUCAGAAAAAUCUGUAUUAAUGAAGGUUGAAUGUAGUGGCUCUGAUGCGCAAAUGGGUAGUAGGGAUGGAAUAGGCGGGGACAAUAGUUUGGUGAAAUUAGAUGGAAUGAAUGAUUGUUGUAUGGAUGUGAAAAAGGAGGAUUUAGGUAGUUCUGAACUUGCCGAAAUUAAUCCUGAUGGUAGUUUUGUUGAGCCAAAGAUUUCAGUGGGAGAUGGAGAUGAGUCUGGGGUAUUAGGGGAUAGAAGUUCACAUAAAAUUGAGAGUUUGGAUUUCUCAAUUGAGGAAGGAUUGGAGAAGGUUACUUUGAUUGUUGAUGAAGAAGGUUUAGCUGUUGCUGACAGUGGCAUGAAGAAAGUAGUGGGUACUCCUGUUGUUGAAGAGGACAGUGAUUCAGACUCGGAGUCUGAGUGCGAGACUUCAUCUUCUGCAUCAUCUUCUGCAUCAUCCUCAAGCAGUGAAAGUGACGAGGAGGAGGAGGUGAAAGAAAAAGAGAAGUGUAAUAUCAAGAGAGAGAACACUAAGCAGACAAUUGACAUGGAAGAAGGUCAAAUAAUUGAUUCUGAUACAGAGAAUAUGGUUUCUUUGUCUGGGAACAACGAGGAGGAGGAUGACGAUGUCAAUUCUGACGUGAAUAGUGAAGAAUUUCAGUUAGAUGAUGAUGCCAUUGCUGAUGAAUAUGAAGAUACAGUGAAGGGACCCAUCAAGUCAGUGAAUGAACUGAAGGCUCUUCCUCCCGUGCCUCCAGUAAAUGUUACUCUGCAGCCAAGCCAUCAGAUAUUGCCUGUGGGAGUUGUUUUGUCGGUUUUAGGUGCUCAAGUUAUUGUUGAAGGGUCAGAGAAGCAUAAUCCUCUUAGUGAGGGCUCAAUAUUAUGGAUAACCGAGGGAAGGUUGCCACUAGGCAUUGUGGAUGAAAUAUUCGGGCCUGUCAAAACUCCGUACUAUAUUGUGAGAUAUAAUUCAGAAAGUGAAGUUCCCUCUGGUAUCGAAACUGGCACGUCGGUUGGGUUUGUUCUGGAGUUUGUAGGGCAUGUGCUCAAUGACAAAAAUCUUUAUCAGAAAGGAUAUGAUGCUUCUGGUGAAAAUGAUGAAGAGGUUUUGGAGGAGUUUGAUUUCUCUGAUGACGAGAAGGAGGCCGAACAUAAGAGAAUGUUAAAGAUGUCAAAAAGAGGGAACAAUAAUAAUCAAGGUCAGGGACCUGUGAGUAAGAGAAAGAACAACAGAAGCCGAGGUAAAACAUGGACAAACGACCAACCUUCUGCCUCUCAAUCUCCAACAGUCCAAUCAUCACAACCAACAGUCCAAUCAUCACAACCAACAGUCCAAUCAUCACAACCUAGGCAAAUGCACCAACCUGUGGGCCCCCAUGUAUCAUCCUCAAGGGAGCGCAAUCAGUUAGGCCCAUCUCCAACUGGGCCAGUGUUCUCUGGCAGACCUAAUGUACCGCCCUUUAAUCAGGGCUACCAGUUCGGCCCACCUCCAAUGGGGCCAUUUUUCCCUAGGGGGCCUUCUCCAUAUCCUCAGCAACUCCAACCUCAGCAACUCCAACCUCAGCAACUCCAACCUCUCCAACCUCUCCAACCUCAGCAACUCCAGCAACUCCAACCUCAGCAACUCCAACAACUCCAACCUCAGCAACUACAACAACUCCAGCAACUUCAACAACAAGCUGGAUUUCUAUUAAAUGGUUUAUUUUCAAACGGGAUACCGUUCCAGCAGCAGAAUAUGGGUUUUCCUGCUGGCAUUCAAAUGAACGGUAUGCCAUGGCUGCAGCAAAAUCAUCCCCAGAAUCUUCAAGUGGCUUCAGCAUCGCCCGUACCAUGGCAACAGCAGCAGCAUAAUCCACAGAUGCCUUUAGCAAAUCCAGUUCCGUAUCAGCAACCGUUUGAUCUUAGUCAGUUGGUGUCCGGAAAUAGUGCUCCACCAGUUGGGCCUAUGAAUUCCUCUGUAAGGCCCACAAAUGCACCUUGGGCCGGAAUGAUCGGCCCAAACCACCCCAACCAAGCUCCAGUAAACCUAGGUCCUCAAGGCCCAGGUUCUCAGGCGACUGUGCUGCAAGGGCAGAGCGGUAAUUCCCAACCCCCAACUAGUUUUGGUGGAAAUGAUGGGUCCUCUCCUCAGUUCAGUCAGGGGCCCUCUUCUGGCAGAGGCGGUAGAGGCGGCAGAGGUGGCAGAGGCCGAGGAAGGAAGCCUUUUCACCGAGGUGGUCACUUUGGUGGUGGAAGAGGUCGUCAGCAGCCCCCAAACUGAUCUUUUGUUUGUUAUGAUCUUUUAAUUGAAAUUCUAGUGUAACUUUGCCCAAUUUUGAAACAUGUGCUUAUCAAGUUUGUGCAUCGGGCAAGCUGUAUGACUUUUUUUUGCCAAUCUAAAGGUUGAUUUUUCUCUCUCA